ACGAACUUGAAGAAAGCGGCAAAAAUUUAGAAGAACCUAAAAAAAGUAGCAAAACUUCUGAAAGAAAUCAAGACGUCCUAGAAGUAACUAAGGUAAGUUCUGAUAAGCAAGAACCAGAGGAUAAUGAAGAGAUUUCCAAUAAAGAUCAAGAUGAUUUAGAAGAAGAAGAAUAUACCUCUGAAAAAGAUACCUCCAAAGAAGAUACUUCCAAAAAAGAUCAGGAAUAA